CAUUCUUUUGAGGUUAUGUUAUUUGCCUCUCUUUUGUGGUAGUACUAUUUUGUAAUAUCUUUUAAAGAAUAUUCCUUUUGUAAUUUCGAUUCGCGUUUAAACUGCAACCUAUGAUUAUUAUUAUGAGCAAAACUUUUCGAGCAAUUGAAUAUUAAUAUAAUAAACAAGAAAUGUCUAUAAUAAGAACUGGAUUGCAAAGAUUUGCUAAUAUAUUUAGUACUGGUCCAGGGGGUAUCUUAUCAAGAUUUGUAACAAGUCUAGCACCAGAAGAAAACAAAUCUACACCAAAAACAACUAAAGAUGUGAUUGCCACUUGCAAUAAAUUAAUAGAAGAAAAUAAGUCAAGAAAUUUUGCUAUUAUUCAUUUGCUGGGAAAACAGUGGCGUGUGACAGACGGUGACCUUCUUGUGGUAGAAGGUUAUUGGCCACCAAAUAUCGGAGAUCAAAUAAAAUUAGAAAAGGUGUUACUUGCUGGAUCAAAGGACUUUUCUCUGAUUGGUCGACCACUUGUACAGCCAGGACUAGUUAAUGUGACAGCCACAAUAAUCUCCAAGGGCCUCUCACACACACGAACACAUUUCAAAAAGAAGAGGAGGAAGCAAUAUAUGAGAAUCAACUUCCAGAGAGCACAGCAAACAAUGCUUCGAAUAAACUCAGUUGAAAUUGCUAAUAAGAUCAAUGAGCCUGCUAAAAAUGUAUUUUAAAAAUAAUACUAAGUAUGCAACUACUGUACCUAUGAAUAGUCAAUAAAACUAGUUAAUAGUUCA